ACAAUGUAUUAUAGUCAGGCCUUGCCUUACGCUCAUUUACUUGGCGGAGAGGCAGAGCAAUGGUUAGAGACAAUUUGUACAAAUUUAGCGAUCGCAGUCAGAGCCCAGGACUACCAGUCUGGAGUUGUUGCUUGGACAAGACGCCUAUGCAGCUAUUUGGACAUGAAGCAUGCUCUUUCUCGAGAUGUUCGAGCUAAUCUAGCAAAAAUCAUGUUCGAUUUAACAAUUGCCCCUGGAAUGGACACUGCUUUAAUCGAAUUGUGGGCGAAUCUAUGUGUACGUCUGAUAAGAAAGACAAAACGGCUCGGUCCAGAAGACCUGACAUUGCCAUGGAGGCCUUUAUACGAGCGCAUUGACAAAUCAAUCUUUCCUAAAUCACGACAAAGGACAUUAAUCUCAGACAAGCAUAUGGGUUCUGUUCUACGUCUUGUGGAGCAUUGCCAGAGAUUUUUUGAACCUUCAGCUACUCAAGAAAUUCUGGACGAAUUUUUGCCUAAAUUUACAACCCAUUCAAUUGCUGAUGCGAUUUUAGCUCAAGGUUAUAUCGUAUUGUUCCUUCCCGUAGUAGUUCCAAAGCAUUCGGUCACACACCAUCAACUCUCAAAUACGUCCAUGACUCCAAAAGCUUAUUUACCAACAAUCUUCUCAAUGUGGUCCAUCUUCACAUGCUCCACUACGUAUGAUGCACAGUUCACCGACCUUAUAUCGCGCAUUGCAGAACACAAUACCGACACAAAAGAUUGGCAGGAAAUUGGACUUUUUACCAAACAGCAGAUCAAGACAGUAUUCACUGUUUGUCUACGUAUGAUGAAUUUACCGGUUGGAAGUGGAACUACAGGCUAUGGAAAUAAUGGGCUCAAAGUGGAUAUUAGAGCAGGGAAUUCCUUAUUCCUUAGAAGAAAACCAAAAUUUAAGUCAUUGGCUCGUCUAAUGGUCUAUACAAUGUUUCCUGAGAAUCACCAAGAUGGCACUGAGUCAUCGUUUACUCUCUCUUGUCUCGGAGAGCUGAUUCAGGCUAUUGAGCUUUAUUACCAUCCGUCUAACCAUGGCUCUUGGUCUUAUCCCCUUGCUGUAUUUGCUUGUCACUUAUCUUCAGAAUUCUUAAAGCGGUGGAAGCAAGAAAGAGAUGACGAUUGUAAUACACCAGUGGAGCGUAGAUUAACAUCAGACCUUCGCAGAGAAUUUGUAUUGAUUCUUCGCCCUGUAAUUUACCUCAGCAUGUUCGGAAAAGAUCAUUAUACAGUCGGUGCAAGUCAAUCUACUCUCACAUAUCUAUCUUGGUUGGAACCUACAUUGAUUUUCCCCGGAUUGUUUGAGCGGAUAUAUCCCUCUCUCGAAACGUUAACAGAGACCCACAGAACAGCAAGUGCACUCAGUAUCCUUGCCGAUAUUGCACUCCCAAUGCUUUCACGCGAUCAUUAUCCUGCAGGCGGAAAACAUUUGCUUCCUCUACUUCAUUUAGCUACACCUGGUAUUGACAUGAAUGAUCCAAUGAAAGCCAUGGGAGCAUUGAUGUUCAUAGCUACUGCUGUUAUGAGUGUCCCAAUCAGAGACUUGACAGACGGAAAUAGCUAUUAUAAUCCUGCUGUUGACGGAGAAUCUCAUUACGAUGAAAUGGAUAUUGAUGACGAGAAUCAUGUGAAAGAGCUUCCUCGUGAAGUAGAAGAUCAACUCUGCAAGGCGACAACAGGUCAAUUUGAAGAAUGGCUCGCCAAAUUCUUAAGAAGAGUGUUUACCAUAUUUGAGAAUUUGCCUCAACAUGACAGAAAAAAACAGGGCGGUGCUAUGGAAGCUGGUGUUACGCAAAUGCUUUUGCAUGCAUGUGAUGUGGUGUUUGGGCAACUGUCCGAUAAUUUAUAUGAUCUGGCUCUAAGAAUGGUUGUUGAGUUUGUUAAUGACCAGGUCAUUCCCAAUGCAGUGCGUACGACUGGAUUGUUGUGCGAUUCAAUUACAUCUGCAAACGUCAAAAAGGCAGCCAAACAUUUUAUUCCUCUCUGUAUUGCUAAUAUUAGGACCGAGCUUGACUAUGGCGCAUCUUCAACUAUUACCAAUUCGGCUUCUUCCAAUCCUAUUCAAUCAGACUCAACUUUGCAUUGGAACCAGAACAUUCUGUUUUCUGUUGUCUCUAUGCUCGGUCCAGAAAUUCUGAACUAUAAGACAGAGAUUAUCGAUAUUGGUCACGAAAUGAUUGCGAAGUGUCGUAGUCGUAGGGGUGUUAUGUGGACAGGAAAGUUCCUUCGUAAUGUUCUCAAGGGAUUGUUGGAAACCUAUCCCAAAGAUUUUAGAAAUCUUAAACCAGAAGAAUGGAAUAAUAAAGAUCUCAUGGGCAAUUCACAUUUAUUGUGGGGAAAGCCUGGUAAUCCGAAAGACCUUGCCAUCGACUGGCAUACACCCAAUGAAGAUGAAAAGAAUUUCGCGCUUGAAUUUCUUGACACCUUCCUGACACCUUCUCUAAGACGCCUGGAAGAACUUAUCAGUGACGAUCCCAACGUUGUCAAGCCUACCAGUACACAUGAACUCACUAAUGAAUUUUGCAGACAUUUGGCAAUUGUUCGUAACUGCCUUAUGGGAAGCUCUACAAUGGUGAAAGACGAUGGCAUUGAUGAAGAAAGUAAACCUGAAACAAUUGAUACAAGUGACGACGAAAUCGUGAACCUCAGAGCAGCCCAGAGACUUGUGGCUGGAUAUGCAUUUACCGGAACUGAUCCAAGAACUGAAAAGGCUCGAGCAAUUCGAAAAAACAUAGGAGAGCUUCUUCACAAGAUAGCUCUUUACUUCAAAACACAUCGUGAAGAUGAUGUUGAAAGUAUCAAAAUCGUUAUUAAGAUCACCCGAGCUUUCUUGACCGAACGCGGUGUUGAAAAGGCGUUAUAUGAACGAAGCAAAAAUGGCUACAACUAUGCAAAGGGUCUCGGAAAGACCCCUUUGAGCCACAAGAGCUAUCCUCGUAAUUUACUAGUCCGCAGAGCUUAUAAUCAUCACUUGCUCCGCCUUCGACAAAACUUCCAAGGCAGAGUUCGAACAGAAUUCCAUGAUAAUCUACUCCAGGAUAUUCUUGACUUGUCUUUGAGCUCAUAUGCAGAAAUUAGAAAGAUGAGUCAAAACGCGCUCAGCGCUUCGGCUCGGUACUUCUUGGGAGCAAAGUAUAUGAUUAUGCCAACGAUACUCGAAGCCCUUGAGCAAAAGAACGACAGUAAUCGAAUGAAGGGAUCACUUUACUUGCUGACACACAAGUCUCUUUUGAUGAUCUGUCUACGUGACUGGAAAUUCAUCUCAAUGUUUGUUUUAGCCAUAUGCAGAGCCCAACAUGAAGACAAGCCAUCUAUUCAAGAACUCAUCCGUAAAGUGUUUGUAGACUAUGUGUCACAUUACAAUACAUUCUCUUUCCGAGCAAUUGUACCCAACGACAUCAACAUUUCACUGGAAAAAUUGUAUCCUUCUGGUGCUGCAAUCCAAAAGACGAAAGCACUUGAAACCAAAGUUACUGAAAGACAGCAAAACCAAAUACAAUCCUACCAUCAACUGAUACAAUCUCUGUUGGAUGUUAUGAAAGACAAAAAAGUUCAUUGGCGGUAUGCUACCAUGGCUGCCAACUUCUUGGAGCUCUUCUUGCGCCCUGAGAUGGCCCCAACAGCAGGACUUGCCGAGUUUGCCAAUAAAUGUGCUCUAUCUGAGUUACCUCCUUUACGUCGUAUUGGAGUUGGUGCCACAACACAAUUGUUGCUUUAUAUCAAACAGAGAACCUUUGCAGAGGGUGAUCAAGACUUACUCAUCACAAAAAGUACCCGUAACCCUUUAAAGCGCAUCAUUUCAGUUGAUGGUAAAAAUACUCAUAUGUCACAGAAGCUUUUGGAGUAUUUUUGUGUGAGUAGUCUUCUUGUCGACAGAACAACUACAGGAUGGUAUGUUUGGCCAAAGACGUAUGAAGCCUAUGAAAUCUGUACAGACGAAACAAUCCCUACGGUUGAUCCAGAGAGUCAGGAAGCUUAUAACGAACUCAAGAAAGCAUUUUUAUCUCUUGAUUACUGGCAGAAAAUGAGCGGCUAUAUCUCUCAAGAGACUAGUCGGAAUCAAGAAGAUGUUUUCACCAUGUCCCACGGAAGACUGUUCUGUAGCAUUUUCCAAUCGUUUCAAGAUGGACCUCUGUCUGUUUGCAAAGAGAUUAUCGAGGGUCUGUGCAAUGCAUCAGAUCAGAAAAAUCAUCAAAGAGCAGCUGCGGAACUAUUGGGAGGACUUGUGCGAGGUAUGAAGCAUUGGCCUGUUUCCAAAUCUCUGAAAACUUGGGAAUGGCUUGUUCCGUUGCUUCAAAAGACAUUUUCAAGCAUCACGCCUGACUCGCUUACUUAUUGGGAGAGCUUUGUGAGAUUUUGCUCAUCUGACCAUGAUCCUAGACGUAUUCGCCCUCUAAUUGAUUUGGUUCUCAAGGCAGAGUUUGAUCCUACAUCGGACGCUGCAUUUUCUGAAUCCAGAAAGUUACUUCUUGUGCGCACUUUGAUGACUUCUUUGAAGUGGCGCAUGUUACCUUUUAGCGACCGUCUUUUGGAAACAUAUCUUUGUAACCUUCAACAUCCUUACAAACAAGUUCGCGAAGUUAUUGGUGGAAAUAUCAACGAAAUUAUGCAAAUACAAUGGGUUCCGGCCCUCCCUUCCGUUGAGGCUCUCAUGUCUUCUAAUGCACGUGAAAAACAAGACGGUGUAGGAAAUGUCCCAUUUUCGUUGGCCGAACAGGGACAGGAGAAGCACAUCCAAGAUGUUAUCAAGCACUUGGAUCAUUGGUUGGCGGAGGCUGAGAAGAGAUCUACAGUGGGUUCUAGUGAUUAUACCAAUGCAAGCAAGACAGGCAAGUUAUUCCAAGAUAUAUACAAAAUUAUGAAUUUGGCAGGUACACUGCCAUACGUCCUUCCUUUUAUGCCGCGUCUCUUUAAAAUGCAAGAGAUGAACGAUGAUCAAGAUCUACAGCAGAUGGCAACACGUGUACUACAUUUAAUGGCUCAACUAUCAUAUCCUCCAUCAAUGGUACCCCAGCUGAUUCAGCAGUUUAUUGAUAUUCUCAAAACGUCUUCUAGCUGGCAUAUUAGAAUCCGUGCUUUACCAGUUCUGCAGAUCUUCUUCUUCAAGCACUUGUUUGUCAUGGAUGGAGAUCAGAUUUUGCGUAUUAUGGAGAUAAUAAGUGCGAUGUUACUUGAUCCCCAGAUUGAGGUAAGGGUUGUACGGCAAAUGGCAGCUGUUACAUUAGGUGGUUUGGUCCGAUGCUCUCAAAGAGAUGCGAUUGAUUCUCUGAGAAAGCGCUUUUCGGCUCAGCUGGAUACUAGACUUCCAAAGAGAAGAAGACACCCGACGACUGGAAAAGUCAUUGAACCUGCUGGAUUCGCAGAGGCUAUGCUUAGUAAGCAUGCAGGCGCCCUUGGUCUUUCUUGCCUAGUGAACGCAUUCCCUUACGAAGUUCCCAAAUGGAUGCCAUUUGUUUUGUGCGAGUUGGCCGGAUGUAUGUCAGACCCUGCCGAAAUUCAAUCAACUGUACGCAAGACAUUUUCUGACUUUAGGCGCACACAUUCUGAUGCUUGGCAUGAAGACAUGAACAAAUUUACUGAAGACCAGUUGUCUAUGCUAAGCGAUAUGCUGAUUUCUCCCUCAUACUAUGCC